AUGAGACAGACAGUCGAUUCAGCACUCAACACGGCCGGCCUCGCUGACGAGCAGCGGGGCCUCCUCGACCUCGUCGACAAGCUCCAAUUCGCACAGCUCGACAAUGUCAAGCUACCCCAGAUCGUCGUCGUGGGCGACCAAUUUGCUACCGAGAUCCGCAUGAGGCGGUCCAAGGAGGACGUGCUCAACGUGUCCAUCAUCCCUGACAAGAACAGGCCGUUCAAUGAGCAGCAGCGCCUCAAGCAGUUUGGCGGCACCGUCAACCAAAACACGUCGUUUGACAGCAUGAUGCGCGAUGCCGGCGAGCUCAUCGCCCCGCGCAAUAUUCCCGGGAGGUUUGCGGCUCGUGACAUUCUCGUCGUAGAGAAGACGGGUCCCGAUAUGCCUCUCCUCACGCUCGUCGAUUUGCCCGGUCUUGUGCGCGUUGCCAACCGUGAUCAGUCCGACGCCGACAUCCAGACCAUUGAGGCCCUUUCGGACCGCUACAUGAAGAGCUCUCGGACCAUCAUCUUGGCCGUCAUCGGCGGAAACAAUGAUUACGUCCAGGCCCCGAUCUUGCAAAAGGCGCGCCAGUUCGACCCCACGGGCUCACGCACCAUUGGCGUGCUCACGAAGCCCGAUCUUACCGAGAAGAUUGGUCUCGAAGACAAGUUUAUCGGCCUCGUUACCAACAAGGAUAAGGAGAACCACUUCAAGCUCGGCUGGUUCGUCCUGCUUAACCCGGGCCCUCCCGCCAAAGGUGAGGACACCGGCAAAUGGAGCACGCUCCCGCCCAACAUGUGCGGUGUCGGCCCCCUUCGCCAAAAGCUCAGCGUGCAGCUGCAACGCCACAUUGGCCGCCACGUCAACACCCUGCGCAAGCAGAUCCAAGAGGCCCACACCCGCUGCGAGGCCGAGCUCAAGGCCCUCGGCGUGGGCAAGGACACGGUCGAGGAGAUGCGCUUCCAGAUGGGCGAGCUCUUCUCCGCCUGCAACAACCUCGUGACCGCGUCAGUCAACGGCAACUACAAGAACCCGCCCGGCGAAAGGUUCUUCCCCAAGGCGGCCACCCGCAAGGGCACUCCCGGCCAGAGGCUGCGCGCUCGUGUCCGCGAGGAGAGUGAGCGCUUCUCUCAGCGCUUCCGCGACUCUGGGCGCAAGGUCGGCUUCUCCGAGUCGGAGCAGUCCAUCGUCCCCAACGGCAUGAUGGGCGGCCGCUCCAAGUCCGAGUUUGCCAAGCGCGAGGUCGAGCCCCUGCUUCGCCAGAUUCGCGGUACCGAACUGCCCAUGGACUCGAACCCGCGCGCCCCUUACAUCCUGUUCCAGGAUUACUCGGAGAACUGGCCCGUGCUGGCCCAGGAGUACAAGGACAACGUCGGCGUCAUCUGCAACGAGUUCCUCGCCGAGGUCGUCGAGUACGUGUGGCCCACGCGCAUGCGCGAUCCCCUGCGCGGUCACUUCCUCGAGCCCAACGUGGCCGAGCUGGUGCAGAGCGCCGAGAAGGAGCUCUCUCGUCUUGUCGACGAUAUGGAGCUCGAGGUCCAGCCCUUUGACCCCGAGUACGAGGAGCGCCUCCGCGCCUGGCGUAUGUUGAUCUACUAUGAUCUCACUGGUCGCAUCUUCAUCCGCAACGUCAUUACACAGGUUGUGGAGCGCCAUCUCCUGCUCGGCAUGCUUCGCCUCUUCAAUCCCCUCCAGAUCCUCAAGAUGGAGAACCAAGUCGUCGAAGGCAUCGCCGCCGAGGAUAAGCUCACGCGCGACCGUCGCAUGGCUCUCAAGCAACAGAAGAAGGCCAUCGAAGAGGCCAAGAGCCUCUGCGCCAGCCUCGCCAUGCGCAGCGAGCUCCGCGGCUUCGACGGCGCCUUGGAGGACAACGUCGACUCCGAUGACGAGGAGGAUAUGCAUAGGUACGCUGAUGCGCCCGCUUUCCAACAGGGAAGAGGACAGCAGCAGCAGCAGCAGCAGCAGCAGCAGCCGCGUCAGGAGCAGUCACGCCAAGAGCAGUCGCGCCAGGAGCAGCAGAUCCCCCUCCAGAGGGAACCGCAGAGAUACUCCCAGGGACAGACUCAACAGCAGGCCCCCAAGCCUGAAGAGGACGGAGAUGCGGAUAGCCCUAGGUCCUCGUACCCUCAGUCGCCCAACCGGCCUGACUCCAAGCGCGAGAGCACCCGCCACAGGUAUAACAUCCUCGGCCGCUAA